UUUUUUCCCCCCGGAGCUGGGGACCGAACCCAGGGCCUUGCGCUUGCUAGGCAAGUGCUCUACCACUGAGCUAAAUCCCCAACCACCGGAUCCCCUACUCUUAACCACUCUUUCGGGGUCCCACCUAGGAACAAGCCUCAAGAAAGACUAAGCCAAGGACCAUCUUAACUAUGUGCAUUUGCAUUUAAGGACGCGCCAGUUUCUAAAUCAGCUCUUCAGAGAGCUUAAGCUCCAGCAGACAGUCUAGAUAUCCUACCGUCUUAAUGUUGCCCUUGGAGGAAAGUAGGUCCGAAAUAUGGACUUGACUUAAGAGGGAUUUGUUUGUAUAAGAAGCCCAUUUCCUUAAGUACCCACUAUCAGGAGGAAUGACUUUAUAAUCUUGAGUAUUUUGUCCCAUAUUACAGUCCCCAGCAGUGCUCCACUCCAGUAUGUAAAGCAGGCCAUGCUUCUGCACUACUUGGUUCGUUUUCCACACUAACAGGAAAACCUUCCCCAGACUUUGUCACACCCACCUGUGUACCCUGCCAGAGUGAGGCUCCGAGGUUCCCAGGGGCUUUCAGGACUCACAGAGACCUUCUGCACCUUGGUGAUGGCCCAAGGGGACUGUUUUCUUCCUUGGAACCUGAAUGACUGCCAAGAAGGAAGACGAAAGUAGAGUGCUUGUCUCUCCUGGUGGCUCCAGGCCUCAGGCUGUCCUAUCGAACCCCUUUCAGAGCUCAAGGACAAGGCUCACUUCAACUAGUGAGCUUGAGUCAUGAGUGAAACAUCUUGCUCUUUCCUUAUCGAGAAAGAAUUUCAAGAUGGACAGGUAGAAAGUGUCUCUGCUGGGCUCUCGCCAUCAUACAAGGACAAUGGUGCACUCAUGGCUUUCAGAGGAAUUCCUAUCUCAGAGCUGAAGAACCAUGGCAUUCUCCAGGUCCUGACAGCAGAAACUAACGGAUGGCAGCCAGGUGUUGUGAGUGCAGAGAUGCUCCGAGCCCAGGAAGAAUGGGAGGUGGUAGACACCAUCCAUCCAGACAUAGAGAGUGGGGUCAGCUCCCAGCAGCCUGGCCAGUUCAUCUCCUUCAACGAGGCCCUGGAGCACUUCCAGACUGUGGACCUCUCCUCUUUCAAGAAAAGAAUCCAGCCGACUAUUCAAAGGACUGGGCUCGCUGCCCUCCGGCAUUGCCUCUUCGGGCCACCAAAGCUGCACCAGGGUCUUCAGGAAGAAAGAGACUUGGUUCUCACCAUUGCUCAAUGUGGCCUGGACAGCCAAAACCCAACGCAUGGCCGAGUGCUCCAGACCAUCUACAAGAAGCUGACUGGCUCCAAGUUCGACUGUGCCCUGCACGGAGACCAUUGGGAAGACCUGGGCUUCCAGGGAGCAAAUCCAGCCACAGACCUCAGGGGAACAGGUUUCCUGGCCCUCCUGCACCUCCUGUACCUGGUCAUGGACUCUAAGACUUUGCUGAUGGCGCAGGAGAUCUUACGCCUAUCUCAUCACCAUAUCCAGCAAUUCCCCUUCUGUUUGAUGUCUGUGAACAUCACCCGCAUUGCCAUCCAGGCCUUGAGGGAAGAGUGUCUCUCCAGGGAAUGUAACCGUCGGCGGAAGGUCAUCCCAGUGGUGAACAGCUUCUACGCAGCUACUUUCCUUCACCUGGCACGAAUGUGGAGGACCCAGCAUAACACUAUUUUAGACUCAGGCUUUGUCCUCAAAGAUUUGGAAGCAUUGGCUAAGAAGAAGCCAAGACGACUGCUCAAGACCCUGGACAACUACCUAGCCCAGUUGUCAAAGGGACAGGCCUCCUUAUUGGAGGCCCAGAAGUGCCCUGGAUCACAGGGACCUCACUCCAAGGAUCUCACUUUCAUUGGCGUGUGUGACCUACCGUCUCAUUCAUUCGAGAGUACAGGGUUGAUCUGACCACCACAGAGACCAUUCCUAGAAAGGCAGGCUGGGUUGCUGGAACUUUCUGAACUAAAGAACCAUAUCUAGGCCAAAGCCCUUCAUGCCUCUGCAGGUGGGAUUAGGAUGCUCCCAGGUGUGGGUAGUGACACCCACAAUUCUACACCAGCAUAGCACAUUCAGGCAGCUAGGAUUACCCUCCAUGCCAUCUUCGAAGCACUUUCUGUCAUUCCCAGCUGGGUUCCAGUUCACAGGGUGGACUCCAGAUAUCUCAGUGGAAGUGAGCAGACGGCCCUAUCUGAACUGUCUACACAUCUGCACCUAGAGGGAGAGACCCUGGAAGCAACAGCUAAGAUUCUGACUCCCCAACAGCAGUCCCCAGCCUGUGAUUGGAAUUGGAAGAAAAGAUGGCACUAUCUUCAGCCAGCAGGGGGCAGCACAACACAGAAAAAGUGACUGACUUUAUAGGCAGGCCUCUUCCUCCAGCCACUGUUUCCAAGACACCUGUUCCCACCCCACCCUUCUCCUCUUUCCCCUCCCUCUCUGUUGCCCACCAUUGUUUGUAAUCUAGAAAUGAACACUCAGCUGGCUAGAUUCGAGCACCCCAUCCCCACCGCCCAGGGGCUGGAGCUCCUGUGAAGACCAUUGGUUAUCUAGCCUGCCUGAGAGGCAAGUUAACUCACUCACCCACCAGCAGUUUUAGAAUAAAGGGAUUGUGGUAAUCUGCAGUA